GUUAGCAGCAUUAGAGGUUAGAACCAGUACAACUGCAAAGCAUGGACGAGAGAAAAAGCAAAACAUUAUUUAUUAGAAAUUUACCAUUUAGUACGAACAAUGAAAGUUUAGAGAAAACGUUUAGUGAUAUUGGACCGCUCAAGCAAUGUUUUGUUGUGAAAAACAAAGGUGAUGAGAAAUGCAAAGGUUAUGGAUAUGUCACAUUUUCAUUGAUUGAAGAUGCUGAGAAGGCAAAGAACCAAAUAAAGUCCGUUGAUAAAAGGAAAAUAUACGUUAAUUACGCAAACAAAAAGAAGGAUACUAAAAUAAAGAAGUCAUUGUCACAGAAAGUUGAAAAUGAAGAGAAACAGACAAAGGAGCCAGAAGAAGAAAAAAGUGAAGGUACAAAGAAGGAAGAAAUAUCUUAUCUAAAGGCCAAAACAUUAGUAGUGUCAGGAAUUCCAGAUGAAGACCAAGUGGAGACAACUCUUGAUAAAUUAAAAAUAAAGAACAUAUCUAAGAUUGACUAUCCAAUAAAAGGCAGGAAUCAGCUAACAGUAUUUGUUAGGUUUAAGUCUAUCAGAGAUUUAAAGAAAGGACAAAAGAAGGUAGAAAAGAAAGGAUUACAGGCCAUACAGUUAUCAAAAGAAAACAAAGAAAUUCCUCAAAAGUCAUUGAAGCAGAGCAGACUUAUCAUCAGAAAUUUGUCAUUCCAUUGCUCAGAACCUCAUUUAAAAGAAGUAUUUAGUCAGUUUGGUGAAGUAAAAGAGGUCAAAAUUCCUAAACAGCCUAAUGGUAGAAUGUUUGGGUUUGGGUUUGUACAGUUUACAGACUUAACAUCGGCAGAGCAGGCAUUACAGAAAAUGAAUACAAAAAUGAUCAGAGGUAGAUCAGUAGCUGUUGAUUGGGCAGUACCAAAAAAUAAGUUUGAGAAAGACAACAAAGUUGAAUCAGAUGGUGACUCUAGUAGCAUGGAACAAGAUGAUGACAGUGCUAGUGAUACAGAAGCAUCAGAUGAGUCAGAGGACGAGGAAUCUGAUGAAAGUGAUGAAAUGUCUCAUAGUGAUGAUAGUGGAGAGGAAGAAAGUGAUCAUUCAUCGGGCAAUGAUUCCAUAGACGAGGGGUUUCAAGAUUCUAGUCCAUCACUUGAAAAAAAGAAAAGAGUACAGAGAGAUGACACUGUAGAAGAUGGACGUACAUUAUUUUUAAGAAACCUGUCUUAUGAUACUGGAAAAGAAACAUUGAGUGAAGUAAUGUCAGAAUUUGGGAGAGUCAACUAUUGCCUGAUUGUUAGUGAUCCAAAAACAGAACAUUCAAAAGGUUCAGGGUUUGUACGGUUUCAGACAAGUGAAGCAGCAGAAGCUUGUUUACAGAAAUCUGACGAUAAGGGUGGAGGAAUUAUUGUUGAUGGUCGUAAACUUCUGAUAGCCAAAGCUGUAAGCAGACAGAAAGCCACUGAAUUGGCAAAGAAAGAAGAAAAAGUCAAAGAGGAUAAAAGAAAUUUACAUCUUGUCAGGGAAGGAUUAAUACGAGGAGGAACUAAAGAUGCUAUUGGUCUUUCUAAACAAGACAUAGAAAAAAGACAGAAGAUUGAAAAUUCCAAGAGACAGAGAUUGAAAAAUCCCAACAUAUUUGUAUCAACCACCAGACUUUGUGUUCAUAAUCUACCUAAAUCUAUUGAUGAGAAGGAAUUGAAAGCAAUCUUCCUGAAGGCUGCUGGCAAAAAAGCUAAAAUUACAGAGUGUCGGAUAAUGAGAGACACAGAAAGAGUGAAUACAAAGGGUGUGGCAAAGUCCAGAGGAUAUGCUUUCAUCAAUUUCAGUGACCAUCAGCAUGCGGUAGAAGCCUUGAGGAAAACAAACAACGAUCCUGAUCUCUUCAACGAUAAUAGGAGGCUUAUAGUUGAAUUUUCAUUGGAAAAUAAGAAUGCCCUGUUGGCUAAAGAGAAGAGAUUGGAAAGAUUCCAGGCAAGACAGAAAAAUCUAAAACAACAGAAAUCAGUAAAAACUGAUGAUACUACAAAUGAAAAAGACACAGUAACAAACAGUAAGAAGGAGAGAAAAAAGAAUAAGAUGGGUAAACAAAAGGAGAAAAUAACAGAAAGGUACAUUGGAAAUGUCAAGUUACCUGACGGCAGCAGUAUAAAAAAUAUUCUUCCUACUCACUAUGGACCAAAAGUCAGGCACAAACCUAGACCACAGACAGGACAGCAACACCAAGGAAAACACAGACCUCAGACAGAACAGCAACACCAAGGAAAACACAGACAACAGACAGAACACAGACAAGAGAUACACAAGGAGAGUCCAGUUAAACAGAAAAAGAAAAAGAAGACAAUCAAAGUAGACAAUUUUGAUAAACUUGUGAACUCGUAUAAACAGAAAAUUAUGUCCUCUAAAGCAACAUCUAAAUGGUUUGAUAAUUGAAACGAUUUUAUUUUAACAUGUAAAAAUAAAUAUUUAUUGUUUAAGUAUUGUUUUUAGAUAACUUCUGUAUUAGUAGUAAAAUAAAAACAGUAAUUAAUUA